AUGGAGCCAGGGAACGAGUGGUUUGCCACUGGAUCCAGCGAUAGAACCAUCAAGCUGUGGGAGCUUGCAUCAGGUCGACUGAAGCUGACCCUCACUGGCCACAUCAGUGCAGUCCGGGCCCUCACAGUCAGCCACCGUCAGCCCUACCUCUUCUCUGCCGGGGAAGACAAACAGGUCAAGUGCUGGGACCUCGAGUACAACAAGGUGGUCCGUCACUACCACGGUCACCUGAGUGGUGUCUACUGCAUGUCCCUCCACCCAACCAUCGACGUCCUCCUGACUGGAGGCAGGGAUGCCACGGCUCGCGUGUGGGACAUGCGGACAAAAGCCUGCAUCCACACCCUCGGUGGACACACCAACACAGUGGGCGAUAUCCUGACACAAGCACCCAAUCCUCAGUGUUCUUGCCUUGUGCACUGCACUGCAGGGGACAAUGGGAGCCUUCACUUCUGGGACUGGAAAACUGGCUACAACUUUCAGAAACACCAGACCACGGUGCAGCCAGGGUCACUGGACAGCGAGGCCGGCAUCUUCAAGUGUCUGUUUGAUGUGAGUGGUUGCAGACUCCUCACUGCCGAGGCCGACAAGACAAUCAAGAUUUACAAAGAGGACGACACUGCGACUGAAGAGUCUCAUCCAAUUGUUUGGAGACUUGAGAUUAUGAGAAGAAAGAGAUACUGAAACAUGCACCUUUUACACCCCUAUCUCUAAUACUGAAACUGGCAUAUUUGCAGUUUGUUUAUGUACACCGCCUUUUGAUUGAGCAUUUGUUGACAGGAA